AUGUCCCCUGAUGCUUCAAUCACUGCUCGCCAACUAUGGGGCCAGUCGACUACUACCCACAAGCGCCAAACGGCGUCCGAUGCCUGGUGUACGCCUUUGAUUCUGCCUAGUGGAGGCAUCUUUAUCUUCAAUGACGAUACCACAACCACCCUUUCCGCCAAAGUAACCUUCAAACUCCCUUGCGAAAACCCCUCGCCCAUCAUCAGCCCCGACACCACCGGCAACUCGUCAGUCAUUGGCUUCUCCAACCCCUUCUAUGCCUCGAUAUCACCCCAGAUCUUCGCCCUUGCUACCGCUACCGUCAUCAGCUAUAUACUCGUCAUCCUCAUCUUCAUUACUCCAAGGACGUUCUAUGUUGGAAGUGCUAGCGGAGGAGGGGGAGGGCUAGGGGGCGCCCGUUUCCUGGGUCGUCGUAACAUGAUAACAGGUUCAUAUGGAUCGUCUUCUAUCGUGGGCGUCGGACGGAGACCCCUGCUCCAAAAGAUUGCUACUGUCACUGUGGCAAUCUCUCUAACCAUCGCCACGGCCGACACUUUCCACGUUGCGGAGGAGCAAUACAACGAGGGAUAUAUUGACUCGAGCCAGUUGGUUGACAAUGUGGUGGACAGUCUGGAAGUCCGCAUCAUCCGGGUAAUCUCAGACACAUUCCUGUGGCUGGCCCAGGUGCAAACGCUGAUACGACUGUUCCCGCGUCAUAAGGAGAAAGUCACCAUCAAAUGGCUUGGGUUUGCCAUGGUUUCCUUCGACACAAUUUUCAGUAUUUUGGAUUCUUUUGUCAGCGGCAACCCAAGGACCCGGCCGAGGAGCUUUUCAGAUGCGAUCCCCGCCCUGAAUUAUUUGUUCGAACUGGCGAUUUCGCUAAUUUACGCUUCUUGUGUGGUGUAUUAUUGUCUGUCAAAAAGGCGCUUCGCAUUCUGGCAUCCAAAGAUGAAAAACAUCUGCCUGGUGGCGCUCCUUUCGCUGAUCUCGGUUGUGAUUCCCGUGGUCUUUUUCAUUCUCGACAUAGCGCAACCGGACCUGGCAGGAUGGGGUGAAUAUAUUCGGUGGGUCGGGGCCGCAGCAGCAAGCGUCGUUGUUUGGGAAUGGGUUGAGCGAAUUGAAUCGUUGGAGCGAGAUGAGAGAAAGGAUGGUAUUCUUGGACGGGAGAUCUUUGACGGCGAUGAGAUGCUGAACAUGACACCCUCGGAGGACGCAAGUUGGCGUGGAGAUGAAGCGAGGCCUGAUCAAGAAGGUGGCGGGCGGAAGGGGAUGGCGGAAGGCAUGGCCUCCCAUUAUCAACGCCUUCGUGUCCGGCUACCGCUCCGAAAGAGGCGGAAGAGGCCUCCUGCGGAUGGCAUCGCCACUGGUGCAGAAGCGGCUGAUACAACCGGUCAAGCCAUACCAGCUUCACAGUAUGUGAUUCCCCAGCAGGUUAUGACGCCCCCCAGCAGAAGUGACACGGGGAGUGCCGCCAGCACGGUUUAUGCCGUACGCUAUCACAACCUGACAAGUCCAUCGCCCAAUCCUGAACCUGACUUGCAACCUCAACCCGAAGGGCCUACCGUGCCUUCUGUUCCUAAAGUGUCUGGUGACUCUGGAUCUUCUCAUUCGGACGCGGAAAAGGAACUCGCUCUGGAAACAGUACUUCCAAAGUUACCGGGGACCCAACGACGAACCGUCUGGCAGUCAAUGCCGAACCCCUUCAAACGACGCCGAUCUGAACCUCCGGCAGAAGUCGCUGACGCGCAGAACGCGAUUGGAGUGCGACGGUCACCAAUCGAUCGCACCCUCAACUUAAGAGAUCGCCUGGGAGCAUUUGCUUCUGCUCAAAAAGAACGGCUUGUGAGUCGAGGAAAUGUGCCAGCAGCCGCGUUGCCAGUCACAGUCAUUCCGGCGCCGAAGAGUAAUGGUCGGACAUGGUCCCCUGACGAUAUUCGCGAUCGGUCUACAGACGAUGAUUCUAUUCGCGUGGAAACAACAGACGCUUCGAGACAGAGGCCAGGAAAUACAGCGGGAGAGCCGAGCGCUCGUGACUCCAGUGAGGCGGUUGUCAUCCCAGCACCCAUCAACGGUCGGACCUGGAUUCCAGAUGAGGCGCAUGCCCGCUCCCAGCUCACCCCAAGCCCUCAGCGCACUGACGCCGCGGCAUUUCGAAACCCUCCAGCGAAUCCCAGUGAGCUACAGCGAGCUCCGCAAACUUAUGUUGCUCGAGGCUCACUCUCCAUCUCAGAGCCGGAGUUUAGAGCGAGCCGGAUGGCCGACCCUUACAAUACAGGUUUGCCGCGGUCCUCAGCGUACGCCCGGCCUCCAGCCAUCACUCCAAUUGCGGAGGACACAAUAAACGAGAUCAGCAGUGAACUCUCACCUCUCUCUGAACACCAGCGAGAGUCGUUCGCAGAACAAUCUCCAAUGGUUGACAGCACGGGCGUAUCCCGACCCAUUGAUGUGGAUGAUACAAAUGUCCGGAAGCCCUCGUCGUUCGUCCUCACUGCGGAUCAGGCCACUCAUGAGGGGCAGCGUACUUCAGAGAGCCAUACGAACCAGGAUGCUGAUGGGAGGGAUACGGGUGGCACGACAUCACAAUCCAUUUAG